AUCGAACGGUUGAGAGAUUGUCUCAUUGGUGCAGCGACACUACAAACGGCGCGCAUAGUAUCAGGGUUUUAGCUUAGCGAGCUGAGGCUGAAAACCCAGAGAGUGAUUGCGAGAGCGCUGAAAAAUAGCACAGACAGAGAGAGAUGCAGAAAGCAAAAGCUUUUGAAACUUUGAGGAGGUGUGUGAGCCAGAGAGGAAGCUCUCUUUCCCAUCACAGAGCCUUUUCUGCUCAACCAAACUAUGCCCAAUAUGAUGAUGUCGAAGACCUGGUUACGGUUGAGGGAAGAGCUAAAUCAAGAGCAGCCAUUCUCAAUAGACCAUCUGCACUGAAUGCUCUCAAUAACGCUAUGGCAGCUCGCCUGAAGAGACUCUAUGAAUCAUGGGAGGACAACCCAGAUAUUGGAUUUGUUUUGAUGAAGGGUAGUGGGAGGGCCUUCUGCUCUGGUGCAGAUGCUGUUAGCCUUUAUCAACUAGUGAAUGAAGGGAAUGUUGAGGAAUGUAAAAACUUUUUCGAGACAUUGUAUAAGUUUGUAUAUAUCCAAGGAACCUACCUGAAGCCACAUGUAGCGAUAUUGGAUGGUAUCACCAUGGGAGCUGGGGCUGGCAUUGCACUCCCAGGAAUGUUCCGGGUGGUGACUGAUAAAACUGUAUUUGUCAAUCCGGAGACUCAGAUGGGUUUCCAUCCUGAUGCAGGGGCUUCCUUUUAUCUGUCUCGUCUACCUGGCUACCUAGGAGAAUACUUGGCUCUUACAGGAGACAAGCUUAAUGGUGUAGAAAUGAUUGCAUGUCGCCUUGCUACGCACUAUACGCUAAACGCAAGACUUGCUGUGGUUGAAGAACGCCUUGGUAAAUUAGCUACAGAUGAACCUUCUGUAAUAGAAACAUCUCUUGCACAAUAUGGUGACCUUGUUUAUCUAAACAAGAGGAGUAUACUUUCUAAGCUUGAGGUUGUUGAUAGAUGUUUCAGCCAUGACACGAUUGAGGAAAUUAUUGAUGCUUUGGAAAAGGAAGCUGCCGAUUCUUAUGAUGAAUGGUGCACAACAGCCCUCAAGAAACUAAAAGAAGCCUCCCCCUUGAGUUUGAUAGUUUCUUUGCGAUCUAUACGUGAGGGCCGAUUUCAAUCACUUGAUCAGUGUCUGGCUCGUGAAUAUCGUAUAUCCCUUAAUGCAAUUUCCAGACUGGUCUCUAGUGACUUCUUUGAGGGCGUUCGAGCAAGAUUGGUGGACAAGGACUUUGCGCCCAAGUGGGAUCCUCCUAGUUUUAAAGAAGUGUCCAAAGACAUGGUUGAUUGCUAUUUCUCCCCACUUUCAGAAUUUGAGCCUGAGCUGGAGCUGCCCACAGCAUCACGAGAACCAUUUAUGCAAUAGACGGAUUCACAUAAAAAAUGACACUGAACUUAUGCAAUGCUUUGUUUGUCUCGAGUUAGAAUUCGACAUACCCCUUAGAAAUUAUUUCAACGCAUUUCUUUGUAAUAGCAUUGUAUCAUCUGAAAGUACAGGCCUUUUAGCUGCUAUUAGCUUUGGGAGGACUCAUUAUUUUUUGUUGGUCAUGCAAUGAAUAUAAAGGGUUUUCACUUCUCAGACAAUCA